AUGAAUAGACCACCUCAAGGUCGCGGUCAGCCAAGGCUGGGAGCUACAUGGUAUCCAGGGGGUCAGGAUGAUUUUUACAUGCCAGAAGUUAUAUCCCCUUCCCCCCAAAGAGUCAUGCCUGAGGUCCCGGAGACUAUGCAGGACAAUAUUGCCCACCUCGAGCAUGAAGCUCGAAGCCCCCACCGUAGUCAAUAUGCUCCUGUACAAUAUGAUCGGUCUCAUUUUCCCGAGAGAACUUCUUCUGCCGCUGUAGUCCAGGGACAGCCCAUCACUGCCGGCUACGAGGACACUGCCCACUACGAACAAGCCGCCGUUUACGAUACCAUGGAAUCUCCUAAUUUCUCGGCGUUCCCUGUCCUACGCAACCCCCCUCCAAAUGUGCCCCCCACCGAUGAGCAGAGAGAAGCGAGCUUGGAGAGGGCUCGAAUGGCAGUACUUUCCUCCAAUGACCCCGAAAUGCAAUUGGCUUGGGCUCAGGACGCCCUAGCUUACGUCGAGGUCGCCGUGCAGAAUGAGGCUCGUCUGUCCCUAAUCCAACCCCCGCGUCCCCAAACUCCGCAAGUGGAGCAUCAGUUGAAGGUUGAUGCGAUGAACAUCGUUAAUUUCUUGGCCGAUCAGCAUCACCCCAAAGCUGAAUUCAUCAAGGGCAUGUGGUUGGAAUUCGGAAAAUUUGGAUACCGUGUUGAUAAAAAGGAAGCAUUCAGAGCUUACUCGAGAGCCGCAGAGAAAGGCUAUGCCAGGGCUGAGUAUCGCAUGGGGAUGCAGUUCGAGAGUUCUGGUGAGCCCGAAAAAGCCAUCCGACAUUACGAGAAAGGCGUUGCUCUUGCCGAUUCUGCUUCUUUUUACCGUUUGGGGAUGAUGAUCUUGCUUGGCCAGCAUGGGCAGCGACAAGAUUAUCAAACGGGCCUUGAUUAUAUCCAGCUAGCUGCGCAAUCCUGCGACGAGAAUGCGCCGCAGGGUGCCUACGUUUAUGGCAUGCUUCUAGCACGGGAGCUGCCCCAAGUGAGCGUCCCGGAGAAUUACCUUCCCCUAGAUGUCAACGCCGCUCGCGUAAAUAUCGAGAAAGCUGCAUACCAUGGAUUCGCUAAGGCCCAAGUCAAGAUGGGCGCCGCAUAUGAACUGUGUCAACUAGGUUGCGAUUUUAACCCGGCGUUAUCUUUGCAUUACAACGCAUUGGCUGCCCGACAAGGAGAGCCAGAAGCGGAAAUGGCCAUCAGUAAAUGGUUCCUUUGUGGGCAUGAGGGUGUCUUCGAGAAGAACGACGAGUUGGCAUUCACAUACGCUCAGCGUGCAGCUCAGAGCGGCUUCCCAACUGCGGAAUUCGCUCUGGGAUACUUUUACGAAGUCGGUAUCUUCGUCCAGGUUGAUAUUAAGGAAGCCAGAAGCUGGUAUGCCAAGGCUGCGGCAAAUGGAAACAAAGACGCUACUAGUCGAAUCGACAGUAUCUCACGUUCGAAGACGUUGUCCCGAAGGGAUCAUGAGCAGGUUGCCAUCGCUCGGAUCAAGUCACGCUACGGCUCUCACCAGCGGAAUGAAUCCAUGCAAUCAGCUUCGGAGAAUCUUGAAAUGCCCGAUCCUUCCCGGAUGAGUCUUUCAGAUAAUACCCCGCCAAGUGCUCCGUACCCCGACCGGCCACCUUCCAGGGCUCGGCCAGUGUACCCGCCAGGCUACUCGGUGCCUGACCCACGGCCAAGUUCAGCAUUUGGCAUCAACCCUAACAUUCGCACCAGCGCUCCUAACUAUAACCGUGCGGCAUCUUAUGGACCUGGGCCAAUGGGGUAUCGCUCUCCUGCCCCUGUCACACCCACCACCAGCGGUCCAGCAAGCCCCACGUCAGCAACACCCAAGCUAGAUAUUGGCUACUCCGCGCCGAUUGAAUCUCCGAACUCAAGACGCCCCCAACGCCUUGACAGUACACCGCCUGAUCGGCGGCCUGUGAGGACGCCUGUUUCUGCUCAAGGCGGCCCUGUAGGCUCCCCGAAGCCAGUGACCUCUCCGUCUUCUGCAACAUUUCCCCAGCGUAGUGAAUCCAUGCCGCCUCCAAGUGCACCUUUGGCAUCCUCGACAACGCCAAAACCAUCAUCCGCGUCAGCCUCGGUCAGCCAGAAGCCUGCAGCACAGCCAGCCAAGUCUCAAGGCGGCCUACCGGGCAAAGGCCCAAAGACAUUUGAGGAGAUGGGAGUUCCGACUGCACAAAAGGACAACGACUGCCUGUCAACGACGGGCCUACUUUGGUUCUGGACUAUCUCCGUAAACCAUAGCCCAGCCUUCUUAUAA